AUAUAGUUCUGGCUAUUGAUAUUUUUCCCCGUCGUAUCCCUCCACUGCAUAGUUACUUAGCAACGGGACGCAUCUCUGUGAAAAUAUCCAUUCGCUGGAGGCACUAUAGUCCCUUUGUGACUCCCAUUUCCUGCUCAGGGAUUUUGGUUCGAGAUCUUAAAAGAUAAUUUUGGAUUUUGAUUUGGUUUUCAUCCUCCCAGUAGAUAGGCCCUAGCAUGGGAAACGUUUGGCCAAAGGGAUGAAAGGGAACUUCAUCCCUGGGUGCAUUUUGGAAGAGGCCUUCAAGUGGUCUCUAGAAAUUAAAUAUUCUCCUUCCUUUCUCUUUCCUGCUUUCUUUCCUUCCCUCCCCUUAUACCUUUCCCUCUCCUCUUCUACCUCCCCCCAUUCCUUUCCUCUUUAUUUUUCCUCUUUCCUUCUUUCUCUUCCUAAUACAUAUGUCACCUAGUAACAGCCAAUCCUUCACUUAGGGCCCUUCCACACAGCCCUAUAUCCCAGAAUAUCAAGGCAGAAAAUCCAACAAUAUCUGCUUUGAACUGUGUUAUCCGAGUCCACACUGCCAUAUAUUCCAAUUCAAAGCAGAAAAUGUGGGAUUUUCUGCCUUGAUAUUCUGAGUUAUAUGGCUGUGUGGAAGGGCCCUUAGCCACAGCCAAUCUGCUUUGCUCCCUUCCUUUCCCUCUGCUCUGAACCGGAAAACAUUGUUUGUUGUUUAUUUGUUCAAACCCUCUCAGUUAUUUUAAGUUGGAGAAUGAAGAGUCUGUAUGCCAAGUUUGGUCCAGAUUCAGUAACCUAAGGGUCCUCCUACACAGCUUUACAUCCCAGAAUAUCAAGGUAGAAAAUCCCACAAUAUCUGCUUUGAACUGGGUUAUCUGAGUCCACACUACCAUAUAUUCCAGUUCAAAGCAGAAAUCGUGGAGCCAUUAAGAGAGGAGGAUAAUAAAUACUUAUUAUUAUUAUUGCUGUUGUAUCUGAGCAUGGUAAAUAAGUUGGAGGGUUAAGUUAUUGUAUUCUUAAUGUGGAAAUAGCAUGGCCCACCAAAACUGAUCUUGUGGCCCGUGAAGAUUGCCCAUCUCCUUCCUCUCAGCUUCCUAUUUCCAGUAGAAGAGCUAAAUAUCCAAGGAACACAAUUUUUGAUGAAUUGAGUCAUCCAUACAUUGUGUUUUGGUCCACAGAGCACUUAAAACUAAAAGUUGCAUUUCCAUAUGUCGGAGUCAGGGCACAGCCAGCCUGGGCUGUAUGAACGACGACGACGCUGGAACCGUGAUAAGGAGAUGGGCCACCAGAGUCUGUCUGGGCCGGGUCGGGAUCGUGACUAUGUUCCCUGGGACAGAGACCGAGAUCGGCGGGACCCUGUGGAUGAGCCUGUAGGAACCAUGAUGCAGAAGACACCCAUCAUCCUGGCUAAGCCACCAGCAGAGAGGUCCAAGGGGGCCCCUACCCCUACUCCUACUCCAGCCCCCACUGCUGCUCCAGCCAUCGAGAAACCUAUUGUGCUGAUGAAGUCCCGAGAGGAAAGCAAAGGCCUUGCAGGAGCAACAGAGACAUCGGCUCAGCCUCCUGCAGCUGCUGCCAAAGUGGAGAAGGAAGGCCAGCGUCCUACGCAGCCAGUCUAUCAGAUCCAGAACAGAGGCAUGGGUUCAACUGCGCCCAGUGGUGUCAUGGACCCUGUAGUUGGGCAGGCCAAGUUGCUGGCACCAGAGAAGAUGAAACACAGCAUCAAGCUGGUGGAUGACCAAAUGAACUGGUGUGACAGUGCUAUUGAGUACCUCCUGGACCAAACAGAUGUUCUGGUAGUUGGGGUUCUUGGACUGCAGGGUACGGGCAAAUCCAUGGUGAUGUCUCUACUGUCAGCCAAUCAACCUGAAGAAGACCAGAGAACCUAUGUGUUCCGUACUCAGAGCCAGGAGAUCAAGGAGCGUGGGGGCAACCAGACCAGUGGAAUUGACUUCUUCAUCACUCAGGAGCGAAUUAUCUUCCUUGACACCCAGCCCAUUCUCAGUCCUUCCAUCUUAGAUCAUUUGAUCAACAAUGACCGCAAGCUGCCUCCGGAGUAUAAUCUACCUCACACCUAUGUUGAGAUGCAGUCCCUCCAGAUUGCUGCUUUCCUCUUCACUGUCUGCCACGUGGUCAUUGUGGUGCAGGACUGGUUCACAGAUCUGAGCCUAUACAGAUUCCUUCAGACAGCUGAGAUGGUGAAACCCUCCACUCCAUCCCCCAGUCAUGAAUCCAGUGGCACCUCUGGCUCGGAUGAGGGUACAGAAUACUACCCGCACAUUGUUUUUCUUCUGAAUAAAGCCAAGAGGGAAAAUUUCUGUCCCCGAAACCUGAAGCAAAUGCAUCUUGUAACUGACAAAAUUAUGAUGCACUCACACUUGAAAUAUAAAGGCACACUGUCUAUGCUGGAAUGUAACAUAUUCCCUGGCCUGCCCCAAAGUUACCUUGACACAGAGGUUAACCUGUUCUUGCUACCCUUUAUGGAUACGGAUACAGACGAUGCAUUGCCCAGAGCAGCUCCAGGAAGUGGUCCUCUCUUCUCCCUCCUGCCUGGGUACAAGGGGCACCCCAGUUUCCAGUCUUUGAUUGCCAAACUUCGGAGCCAGAUUAUGUCUAUGUCCCGGCCGCAGCUCUCCCACACCAUUCUGACUGAAAAGAACUGGUUCCACUAUGCUGCCCGUAUCUGGGAUGGUGUGAAGAAAUCCUCCGCUCUGUCCGAAUACAGCCGACUGCUGGCCUGAACACAGUGAUCUCCUCACCCUGAAACCAGCAAGGGCCAGCCAGGCCUCCCCAUCCCUGAGAUCAGUGAGGCGUGGGAUCUGUGCCCUUGUCUAGAGGCACAAAGUGAUGUGUGAUUUCCGAGAGAGGGGAACAGGAGAGGGGCAACAAGGCUUUCAGUGGUGCCAAGCAGGAUGGCAGGAGCAUUCAUGUUGUGUCCUAUGGGGCCACUGAACUGCCUAUCCCACCCAGCAGGAACUUGGUGCGCUGGUUUCCAUCUUUAUGGAGGGCUUUCCAAGGUUUUGCCAACCCUCAGUUCCUUCCAGCAGAGUUGGGAGUUACAUGUGGAUAGCCUGUAAGCUCUUACCAUCCCAAUGGGAGCAAGGGAGGCCCCUUGCAGUUGCAGUGUUGGUAGGGGGCAAAAAUCAGAGGGGAGUUAAUGUAGUUGGUUUUAAUAUUUUCAGACAUGUAAUUCCAUUUCUUCUAAGUGUCGCUUAUCUGCUUCCAUUUGGAGAGAGAGGUCUAUGAAUUCCUUCUCUCCCCACCUUAGGCUGUGGUCCUUCCCUUGACCCACAUAGAGAGCAUUCCUCCUCCUCUGCUGGAGAGUGGACAAAACUUCCUCCUAUGUCCUAGUAUUCAAUUACUGUUUAAUAAAUUGUUCAAGAUG